UGUCGCAAACUAAACUGCAAUAUACCAACUUUAUCACUUUCGAUCAAGUACUGAUCGAAGGAGGUUGAUCUCAUCUGAACCCAUCAAAAUGAAGGUCUUUUUCUUCUGCAUUGUUUGUGUUCUGUUCUGUUCUAUAACGGAGUCAAACCAAGAUAAGUACAAAGAGGACUCUAAAUCGGACGUAAWUCAACCAAUGAGAGACGAACCUCUUCAUAAACGGACGACUUUCGUAAACCCUAAGAAAGCACAUCGUUGUGAUUUGCCUCUCGGGAUGGAAGAUGGACGAAUCACUGAUCAUCAAAUCACAGCAUCGUCAAACGCCAGUUUAAAAUUCGCAUCGUACCGAGGUAGACUGGGUACCAAGAAAGACAACACUGGUUAUGGAGCGUGGGCAUCAAAGAGCAGCGGCAGUGGGUGGUUACAGGUUGACUUGGGAGACGUCUCCAUGGUAACAAAGGUUGCCACACAAGGAAGGCAGGACGCUGACCAGUGGGUUAAGACGUAUUACUUGAUGCACAGUAUUGAUGAUAUACACUGGGUGUAUUAUAGAGAUAUAUAUAGCAAUACCAAGGUUUUCAGCGGCAACAGUGAUCGUGAUACCAUCGCAACCAACACACUUAAACCACCCAUCUACGCUCGUUACGUUAGAUUUGUUGUYGCCUCUGUUCAUGGUCACGCUUGUAUGAGAGCAGAACUCUAUGGAUGCAGAAAUGUUCAUAGCUGUUCAAUUCCUCUUGGUAUGGAAGAUAAAAGAAUCCCCGAUAAUGCAAUAACAGCAUCGUACCACUAUUCCUCACACUAUCCAAAAAAAGCUAGGUUGAACCAAAACAUUGGUGGUUGGUGUACUGGUACUAGCAGUGGACAGUGGCUGCAGAUUGACCUUGGGGAAGUCAAGACAGUUACUAAAGUGGCUACCCAAGGAUACAGUGGUGGAUCGUACUGGACGAAAUACUAUUAUUUAGAAUACAGUGUUAAUGGGCUUAAUUGGGCGUAUUACAGGACACCGAAUACAGGUGCAAAAAAAGAACAUGUCUCGAUCCACUUGGGGUAGAAGACUUCAGAAUAAGAGACGACGAAAUAACAGCAUCAUCGCAACAUGGCAGCUAUCCUUCUUACCGUGCCCGCCUCAACGUUUACUAUGGAUGGAUAGCAGGAUCGUAUAAUAAGAACCAGUGGCUUCAGGUCAACCUAAGAUCCAUAAAGAAAGUCACUGCAGUAGCUACUCAAGGGUAUUAUGGAGGCAGUUAUUGGGUUACCACGUACAAACUGACUUACAGUGUUGAUGCACUGCACUGGAUUACAAUCAAGGAAAAUGGUAUAGAAAAGGUGUUUCCAGGCAAUGCCGACGCAUUUACAGUGAUUACAAAACACCUAUAUCCUUCUAUUUAUGCCCGUUAUGUUCGUUUUCGUCCCAUGAGCUGGUCAAGCGCAAUCUCGAUGAGAGUAGAGAUUUAUGGAUGUCAAGAAGGACAACGUUGCAGUAUCCCAGUAGGAAUGGAGGACGGUCGAGUCGAUUCAGGUGCUAUUACUGCAUCGUCUGUUAAAAACGCCAAAUGCUCGACAAAUCACGCCAGAUUAAAUUCCGAGCGAGCCUGGUGUCCAGCAAGUGGAAACAACAAUAAUAAUAGUUAUAACAAUGGGCAAUGGCUGCAGAUACAUCUUCCUUACUUGACAAUGAUCAAAAAGAUCGCAACACAGGGAAACCAGGACGCUGACCAGUGGAUUACAAGCUACAGUUUGCUCUACAGUYUCGACGGUAAACACUGGAACCAUCAUAGACAUCACGAUGGAAAGACCAUCAAGGUGUUUUCUGGGAAUGCAGACAGGAACUCUGUCGUUAUCCACAAGCUUCAUAAUUCAAUCGAGGCUCGCUAUGUACGGUUCGUACCAAUGACUUGGCAUAAUYAUGCGGCCAUGAGAGUUGAGAUGUAUGGAUGCCAUGCUGCUCAUAAUUGUAAGUCCCCACUCGGUAUGGAAGAUGGGCGCAUUCGUCACAGUGAUUUGAAGUCCUCCUCAAACUUGAACGUUAACCAUGACCCCAGGUUCAGUCGCUUGAACUCCCAAGACCAGUACGCAUGGUGUGCUUCGAGCAACAAUUCAAACCACUGGCUGCAGAUUGAUCUACGUAUUACCAAGACGGUGACAAAGAUUGCCUUACAAGGUGUGUCCUUAGGGCAAGUAAAAAGUUACACCCUGGCGUACGGGGUUACUGAGGAUCACUGGGUUCAGUACAAACAGUAUGGAAUAAUAAAGACAUUCCUUGGUAAUUAUAAUGCAGAGUCUGUGGUUUAUCAAGAGAUCAAACCCGCCAUUCACGCCCGCUUCAUUCGUAUCCAGCCCUCUUCAUGGGUGGGUAAGGUUUGCCUGAGGACUGAGCUCUACGGAUGCCUCGUUGAGGGAAUCGGCGAAUAAAACAAUGAGAUGAGCAACUGCGGGAAGGACUCAAAAAAGGACAACGAAAUUGCCAAAAUCUUCAACUGAAAUUAUCAAUAGAUACAUAGAAUAUUAAUUAAGCUGUAGCACGUGCACAUAUAUUAAUCAGUCAAUCCAUCAUGAUCAAUCAAAGUCAAAUAUCAAUAUAACACAGAACCCAAACUUUUUCAAAUUCCAAUUUUUUCCCGAUAAACGUGUAUCUGUUGGUGAUUUCAUUUGCUUUGCUAAGCCAUGCUGUUUAAUCUAAAGCUAAGAUAAAUUUAAAGGGUAUUAUUCAUGGAGACAAGCUACCAUGUGCACGAGAAUUAUGAUAAAAUGUUCUAAUUUUUACGCCAUGUCUUGUUAAGUAACAUUCAUGUAUCUGGGACAUAUAAAGGGGUUAAAGUUAACGCACAGCUAUAAUUGAAAGAAAUAAAAAAGACGAUUCGAUUCGUUCCA